AUGUCAUCGACCUUAAGACCAAGACCCACAUCCUCCGCCAAGCAACGGCAGCAACCAACCAACGACCACGACACCGAUGAACCCGCCACCGCCGCCGUCGUCGUCCCACCGCCGCCGGCGGCACCGCAGCAGAGCCUUUCCCAAAGAGCCAUCUCCCAGACCCUAACCACAACCGCCAACCUGGCUAACCUCCUCCCCACAGGAACCCUCCUAGCAUUCCAGCUCCUGACUCCGAUCUUCACCAACGGCGGCUCCUGCGACGCCGCCACGCGUCCCCUCACCCUCCUCCUCCUCGCCCUCCUCGCCGCCUCCUGCCUCCUCGCCUCCUUCACCGACUCCGUCGCCGUCGAGGAGGAGGCUGCUGCAGGGGAGAAGAAGAAGAAGGUGUACUACGGUUUCGCCACGUGGAAGGGGAUGUUCCUGUUCGACUGCCCGAACCCGGAGGGCUGCGGUCUGACCGAGGAGGCGCUGGGCCGGUACAGGAUCCGGUUCGUGGACUGGGUCCACGCGGUUCUGUCCGGUUUGGUUUUCGUCUCGGUGGCGAUGCGGGAUAGGAACGUGGUCAGCUGUUUCUACCCGGUUCCCGGGCGCGAGGUGAAGGCGGUUCUGGGCACUGUUCCGGUUGGGAUCGGGGUGAUGUGUAGCUUGUUGUUCGUCGUUUUCCCCACGCGGCGGCACGGGAUUGGCUACCCUGUCACGGCCGCCGCCGCCUCGGCGGUGGCUACCAAAUGA